CUGCAAGCUUGUCCGCUGAAUUUCCCAGCGGCGCGUCGAGAAACACCAAAGAUCACCAGCCAUGAGUGUUCGGCCCUGGCUGCCCUCUCCACUCCCUCUCCCCUCCCUCCUACUGCCCCUUGUCACUCUACUCGUCGCGUCAGCAGCACUCACAAGGGCGAUAUCGAUCUCGCACCACAGUCACGGCCACAGGGGACCAUCAGCAGCAGCCGUGUUGAGCUCAUCAACACAGUCAACACGAGCAUUAGAGCGCCGGGCGGCCUUCCUGAGUGCGCUGCGUCAGCUGCCUGCUUUGGUGACGAAAGACAGGCCCGGCACCACCGUGCUGGAGAUCCCGGAGCCGCCUGUGCUGCCGCAUGAGAAGGAAUAUAUGGACGCCUGGGUGCAGUCGGGUGAGUGAGCAGCCAGCAACUGAAAAGCAUUGAGCGUCCAUCUGGCUGGCUGGCAGAGCCCUGCCUGUUGGGUCGUGUGUGUCGUGCAGGGUUUGGUGGUCCCGACGUGAUAGAGCGUCGUGAGUUCCUGAUGCCGUCGCCCGAGCCGCACCAGGUGCUCGUGAAGGUCAAGGCCGCCGCACUCAACCCUGUCGACAUAGGUAUGCAGUCAAUGCACGUCUGUCUGCCUGUCUGCCUGUGGGUGGGCGGCUGCCGUCCGUCUCUGCACUGACUGCACAUCCCGGACUAACUGAUGUAAUUGAUGUCUGUGCUGAGUGUGUGUGUGUUGUUGUGCAAUCUACUCGACCUGCAGGUCGCCGGACGGGUUUCUUUAAGGGGUUCAUGAAUGAGAGCUUCCCAUUCAUACCAGGGUGAGAUAGAUAGAUAGAUGGAUAGAGAGAUGGGAAAGCGGCAGGGUCUCCAUCACAUCACAUCACAUCACAACCCCACACCCCCACAAAUGUGCGUGCGUCUCCUUCCUGACCUGGGUGUCAGGUACGAUUUUUCAGGGACGGUUGAGGGCGUGGGAAAAGAUGUCAGCAGGUGGCGGACGGGGAUGGAGGUCUACGGCUACCCACACGAGAUCGGUACGUACGUCACUCACAAGGGGUCCAAUCACUUCCUCCACUAUAGAACUGCACUCACUGUGAGAGAAGCGUCGCGUGUGUGGUGGGCUGGGCAGGUGUGCGCCCUCAGCGGUAUGGCACUCUGGGCGAGUACCUGGUCAUCGACCAGAGCUUCAUCGCAGCCAAACCCAAAUCGAUCUCACACGAGGUAAGUAAGCACAGCGAAGCAACCAUGAUCAGCCGACUGACUCUCAAGACCACCAUCGAUGGAUGGAUUGAUGUGAUGUGAUGAAGGAGGCGGCCUCUCUGCCGACGGCCAUCAUGACGUCGCUGCAGGCCUUCGAGAUGCUGCACAUCAAGCCGGGCGACGCGGUGCUGUUCACUGGUGGUGCGGGUGGCGUCGGCACACAGGCCGUGCAGCUGCUCAAGCACUACUGCGGGGCGGGGUACGUCGCCACCACCGGCAGCGGAUUCAAGACACAAUUGCUGGAAGAACUCGGCGCGUCAGUGGUCAGUCAGUCACAGAACAGACCCCCAGCCCCACCCUACCCCCAUGUGCUUACUCGUCUGUGUGUGUCCAGGUGGUGGAUUUUCUGAAGCAGAACUUCACGGACGUCCUCAAAGACCUGGACAGCGCCAUCGACGCGACGGGCGAGUGGUGGGAGUGCCUGCAGUGCGUCAAGGAGGGCGGCCACGUCGUCACCAUCCGCGGCGGCCCCGGGCGGCCCGCCAACGUGCCCUUCUUCACCGUGCAAGCGAGGGGAUCUGACCUGGAGAAGGUCCACGACCUGUACGAGAAGGGCAUCGUGAGGCCGGUGGUGGACAGUGUCUUCCCGUUCGACUCCCUCCCUCUCGCGUUCAGCCGACUGGAGACGGGCAGGGUCACCGGCAAGGUCAUCGUCAGGGGGCCAUCUCUAUAAAAUAUGGCGUGUGGGUCGGUGUGGGUGUGUGGGUCGGUGUGCGCGGCGGCUGUGCAGUGCAGUGCAUGGUGUGUACAUAGACAGACAGACAGACAGAGAGGGGUGGGAGAGAGUGAGGGGGAGGGUGGGAGGGGAGAGGGGGGUAGAGGCAGGCAGCGCAGCAAUGGGGGAGGGAAAGCGGCCGGCCAUUUUGACGAAAUGACUGAGCGGCAUGCUCCGUGCUUCCAUCGUCAGUCAGUGGAUUUUCCUCUUGUCUACUGAUGGAUGGAUGGAUCGGCACAGCGCGCCAGAGAGGCCGGGGUCUGGCGGGGGGGGGGGUAUGUACGAGUGUGUGUGUGUGAUGCAUCAUCCAUCAUGCACACCUGUUUUUGCCGACAUGAAAGACAUGACUGACUGACACAUACGCACAGCUACCUGCCUGGCUCUACCUGUCUGUCUGGCGUAGCAAGUUGGCCACGUACAAUAUGCGAUAGCACAUACAAGAGAGAGAGGGAGAGGAGAGGAGAGAAGAGGGGAGGGAGACAGAGAGUCGGGGGUCAGCAAGAGACAGAGAGAGUUCCUUUCCUUGCUUUCGCUGUCCUUUGUCUCUUACAAGGAGCGUAGAAUUUUUGUCUUUUCCAUGUAUGUAUUGUGUGGCUGGCUGGCUGGAUGGUUGUGUAAUCGAUCCUCUCUGCGUAUGGUGGGUGCCGUGAGUGAGUGCAGCCAGCCCCCGUUUUUCCCUCGUGAGUGAGAGGAACAGACAGACAGACAGACACGUGUGUGAGAAGGGGAGAGGGAGGGAGGGAGGGAGGGAGAGGGUGUCACUUGCUGCCGUAGUGAGGGUGGGUUGGGGUAGGGAGAAAGAGGUGAGUGGAGUGUUUGUCGUGCGUAUGUGUCGAUAGUUCCCUUGAGGGCAAAUGUGAGUGCCGUGCCAUGCCAUCGAGCGAGUGGGAGAGCGUGUGAGGGGCGGGCCUCUGUCGGAAGCCGUCCGUUCCAAAGCCAAGGCGAAAGUCGGUAGGGAGCUAGUAGGUAGGCACUAGUCUGUAGGACCGACAGACAGACAGGUGACCCUGUGGACGACCGGAUCGGUGGCUGGCUGGAUGGAUGGAUAAUGGAUGCCAUGUGGUGUGGUGUGGUGUGAUGAGUGUGUGUGGUUUUUUCGUGAGUGACGUGACGACACACAUGCUUGCAUUACAGACGGCCGGCCGGCCGGCCGGACGGACAUAUAAGAGGCGGCAGCCAUUCGUGUGGUGCAUUCUGUGUCUGAUGAAUGGAUGGUCCA